GUGAUAUAUUUGAUGUUGUGGCAUUCCUUCAUAAUAAAAGAAGGAUAAGAGAAAUCUGAGACAUUUGCAGUAGUCAUACAUGUUUAAUCAUCAAUUAUAUGUAUAUUAUACGUUGACCUACCUGUGGUUGUUUACAUUUACGUACCGCGUGAUCAACCAACCAGAACCAGUCAGAUUUACGGGGUUGUCUUUGUUGAAAAAGAAUUGUUUGAAUCAAGAGGAAUUCGUGACUACAUUUGUGUGCCAGGAAUGUGGAAAGACAUAUAAGUCCAGAAAAAAGCCUUCUGCGUGGCUUUAUUUCCAGAAAGAGGCGACAGAAAUCACGGAUCUUAUAACUGCGGCAAUCGGUCUUUCCCGGACAACAUUUCUGCGCGGAAGGAUUAAAAACUAUUCCAGACUGGCGGCCAUGACAGAUGUGGGUUGGAAAUCAUAAAGAGUGACUGAAUACUUUGAUAUGUAGCAAAGACGUUCGUUGUUGAUGACAGUGUUUCUUUAUGAUUUAUUGACAUUAUUCAUCUUCAGAAAUGGGUGGUUUUCAAAAUAAUGAAGCUUUUUCUUCUCUCUCACCUUACUUCAAUUCAGUUCAGUUUUAGAAUGUGUUUUGGAGCAAAAUAUAUCCAAAUCAAUGUACUCAAUAAAUGUGUGCAAUUUUAUCUUGAUGGCUCAAGCAGUUUUAAAGUUAUAUUAAAUUAUAUAGCUAAUUUUGUCCCCUGUGCACCCAAAAAAGUGUGACAUUUUACAUGAAGUAUAGUUUUCAACUGAGGUUUACUUUUUAAAACCAUGAUUUAUUGUUACAGCUUUGGCUUUUUAAUGUAACUUAAACUCUGCACAUUUAAAUAAAAUACUUCUUUUCAUUACCUACAUCUUAUUGUUACUAAUAUUUCACAUCUUGUGAUGGAACCCUUUUCACGAAAAAUAGUGAAAAAAAUACUAAAUUUAAAUGUUGAACACUACAAUUUCAUAACCCUAUUACUUUUCAAAAGUCUUAAUGUUUUUCUAAGAUCUUUAUCCUUUCAGCUGUGAAGACACAGUAUGAUUUUUUUCUUUUAAAAAAUCGACUUUCUCAGAAACUUGAUGAAUGUCUAUACACCUAAAAAUGUCCCCUGUGCACCUUUUCAGUUGUUAAGUGUCAGAUUUCUUUUAUUCUUUAAAUAAAAUGGGAUUUUACUUUAUUUUCCUUGAAAGGGAGUUACAACAGAUACAAAAGCAGCCUUCAACUUCACAUAUUACUGACUGUUAAACAUUCACAAAGCCAAAAGUGAUGUCCCCUGUGCACCCUUUUUUUGACAUAUAUCAAUUAUCAUAGCAUUACUGUAAUUUGUGGUGGCAUUUCUAUAUUCUUAGCAGUGUGUAUGCAAAAUUUAGGCAUUACUUGAUAAUUUAGCAUUAUAUAAGAACCCUGGACAAUUAAAAAUUCAUUGUUUGCAUUUUUUUCCGAAGUUGCCAAUUUUCAAGUUUAAAAGUGGAAACAUCAGUUUUAUUGCUUCUU